AUGCGAACAGGUGUGCAGAAUAUGACCCCGCUGCAGAUCGGUGGUGAGGCAGUGGAACGCGUUCACAAAUUUACCUACCUCGGCAGCGUUGUCUCAGAAACAGGAGGUACAGAAGUGGACGUCAUUUCGCGGAUUGCCAAAGCCCGAGCUACUUUCGCGCAGUUGCGACCAAUAUGGCAAUCACAAAAGUUAACCAGAAGAGUCAAACUGAAAAUAUUCAGGUCAAACGUUAAGUCCGUGUUGCUAUAUGGUUGCGAAACGUGGAAGGUAACCAAAGCCAUCUCGCACCAGCUUCAAGUCUUCGUGAACCGAUGCCUUCGACGCAUACUCCGAAUAUACUGGCCCAAUAAAAUCUCCAACGACCAACUGAGAGAACGGUGCCACGAUACCCUGAUCGACCAGCAGAUCAAGCGACGCAAGUGGAACUGGAUUGGCCACACCCUCCGAAGAAAUUCUGACCACAUACCCAAACAGGCGAUGGAUUGGAAUCCGCAAGGAAAGAGAAAGCGUGGCCGUCCCAAGCAGACCUGGCGACGCACGGUAGUGGACGAAGCGAAAAAGAUCGGGAAGUCUUGGAGUGAAAUCAAACGCGAAGCUCAAGACAGGUUGCGAUGGAGAGCCACUGUGGACGCCCUCUGCCCCAUCCAGGGGACAUAG